AUGGCCUCAAGUUCAAAAGACGAAGAUUACAGACAGGCUAAUGACCAAAAGGAGAGAAGAAGAAUGCAAAAUCGAGUGAACCAACAAAGAUACCGCAUGCGCCAUGUGAAGCCCAAGGAAAAAGGUCCCAGGACUCGUACCCAGAGGCGUAAACCAUCUCCCAGUCCAAACAUGGACAAUGUUGGAGAAUACCAUUCUAUGGUCGAGACCACAGCAGAGAAUGGCACCGAAGCAACGGGACAGUCCUCGCAACAGGAAGACCCGAUUGUGGAAGUUGACAAUUUAUCCUCGUGGUUUUCCGAAUCUGACCAAUUCUCUCCCAUUCCCACCUUUGAAACCAAAGACAGAGAGCGAGAGGCCGACAUCGCGGGACAUGAAGACGGCAUAUUGGAAGGGUUUGAUGAAAUAUCAGCCGACGAACCCCAAGUGAGCACGACUCCACUGCCAUAUUCGUCCAACGUUGGACAUGUGGCCGGGCCAUUCCAAGAGCCAAUUGAUCUAUUGCAGUGGAAUACAACCCCGGCGCCAGAAUGGAUAAGUGCAUUGAACUUUUAUCCCAACCACCAAGAAAUGGAUACACAAAGUAUGGUACCUUUUAACAACGCUUUCUCUCCGUUCGGUACGACUUCGACCAUAGUACCUCGCACCUCGUCAUAUAAAAAGGAAGUCACAAAUUAUUCCUUUUCAAGCACGAAUGCCAAUGAACGAUAUGAAACCUCUUCCACGGUAGUUGAGAACUGGGGAGCUCCGACUUGGGACCAAUAUACCCCGUGA